AUGUCUACGAAGAGACGACGUCUAAAUCCGCCAGAAGCAUCAGGCUACCAUGCUAUCGAUACAACCGACCCUGAAGCUAAAAUUGGCGAUCCUAUUUCUCAAAACGGCCCAUACGAAAGUCCCGAGGAAAUAGUGUGCUUUGGAGAGAUCACUGGCAUCCUCAGCAAAUGUCGAAGUGGCCCUGCAGCACCCAAUGCUAAUGGCGCCAGUUUUCAAGCAAAACUAGAAUCAUGUGAAAGAUUUGUAUCAGCCGACAACGAUUCUUUCAUUGGAAAAAUUGAUCCAGACUAUACACAUUUGACCCAUUUGCUGCAGAAUGAAGCUGAAAUCGACCUACAGCUCAUAUGCACGGUCGAUUUCUCUCGGUCAUCAGGCGCUGGAAAGCGAAUCUCUUCCAGGUUCCCAAUACCAGAAAUUCCAUGCAGUAUUUCAAUCAUUAUAUAUGGGCCCUUAAAGAUGCUCACUGAUAUUGGUAAUUUCUUUCAAACAUGUGACAUCUACUUACAGGAUCCCAGUGAUUGCAAUAGAAAUGUUAGAUACUGUAACCCUCAUCGUCUUUCAUCGAUCAAUCUGAACACAUGCCCCUGGACUUCAGAACUCAAGUCUAAUCUAAGCAAAACCGUUGAGAUAAAGCCAGUUCCUCCAUUACCAGAGCUAUUAGAUGUCCUGCAGUCGUCCGAGAAACUUCGAGAGGCGAUGCAGCCAGAUGCUAUACGAACUCCACUAGAAAGACAUCAAAAACAAGCAUUGACAUUCAUGCAUCAGAGAGAGCUUGGAUGGGCUCUUGAUGGAAGUCGACCAGACCUUUGGGAGUACAUGGAAAAUGGUCAAAGGCACUGGUUUGCAAACCGCGUGUCAGAUGCCUAUCAAGAUGAAGAACCAGAAGAAUUUUCUGGUGGAAUUAUUGCAGAUCCUAUGGGGCUUGGGAAGACACUUACCAUGAUAUCUUUGGUAGCAAGUGAUGCUCAGCUUCAUGAGGCAGCCACGGAUGGUGAUGACGUUAUAACUUCAGCUACGACUUUAAUUAUCGUUCCACCACCUUUACUUGGUACUUGGGAAGAACAGUUAUCAGAGCACGUUAAUCCUGGAUCCUUGAAUUGGUGUCGGCACCACGGGAAAACAAAACUGGCGAAGGAUAUAUCCUAUAACGGCAUCAGCAUAGUCUUGACGACAUAUCAUACCGUAUCAGCAGAGUGGAAAUCUCAUAAGAAACAUUCGUCUUCAAUUCUGUUCUCGACUCGCUGGAGGCGAGUGAUCCUAGAUGAAGCACAUUUUAUUCGUAACAGCUCCUCCCACUUGACUCGUGCAACAUGCGCUCUAAAUGCGGCUGCUCGAUGGGCAGUAACGGGUACACCGAUCCAAAAUCGACUUUCGGACCUAACAACAUUACUCAGUUUCUUGAAAGUUUAUCCAUACUCAGAUCGAAAGAAGUUCGACGCUGACAUCACGAAUUUAUGGAAGGAGGGUAAUACGGACGAAGCGCUUAAAAGACUGAAGAGGCUCGCGGCUUGUCUCAUUUUGCGACGGCCGCAGAACACUAUACAGCUUCCAUUAAGGCGUGAUUUACAAUGCGCCGUUGAAUUUACAGAAGCAGAACGAGCGAUUUAUGAGGAAAUUCGAAAUAAAACGAUUACCCAUAUUGACGACAUGUUGUACGAAAGUAGCGAUCAUGCACGAUCUCCUGAAUACAUUAACGUCCUUCAGCAGAUCGAGGCCAUGCGCAUGGUAUGUAACCUGGGAUUACAUUACCAUGAUCGCCGAGGGCUUGGAGCUUCGAGACAGAAUAAAUCGGAUAGCUGGGUGACUGCUGCUCAACAAACCUUUGACCUUCAGCGUGAAAUAGGGGGCAUGCAGUGCCGAUACUGCUUUGCUGCUACCGAUACAUACAAUAGUUUGCUGAAUGGCACUCAAAGCCAACAGACACUACAAUUAUCAAAAUGUCUGCAGCUUAUUUGUUCUGACUGUACCAGCAUGUCCCGGCCUAUUGAUUGCGGACACAACCCUUCAUGCUCCUUUGCACCGGUCCAUUUAAAUAUUGAUAGCUUGGAGGAGACAUCUAUUUCAUUGAACCUCUUUGAAUACAUGGCGUCUUUACCCCAGGUUCUGAAGUAUCCACCGAAAGUAACGGCUCUUGUGACUCAGCUUAAAGCCCUUCCGCCCGGUGUUAAAAGGUUGACACUCACUGUGGCUUCAUACGCUUUCCUAAUGGAGCCCCACUGGAAUCCAACAUUGGAAGACCAGGCUCUGGCCCGUAUUUAUAGGCUUGGCCAGAGAAACGAAGUUACUACCGUUCGCUUUUACGUGCGAGAUUCUUUCCAGCAGCGCGUAAUGGAUGUUCAAAAGUCAAAAAGAGAGAUCGCAGCUGUUCUCCUACAGCCCCGGGAUUCAGGAGUAGGCACCGGUUUAUCUACGCUACAGGAACUACGAUCUCUUUUGUGA